UCGCGCCUAAAGCGGAAGGGAUCACUUCUUGAUUUUGUUGCAGCUGCUGCGAGCUGCUGUGAUGGGACAGAAUAUGGUGUAGUAACUGACAUAUAACGGUCUUUUCAAGCUUUUUUUUAAGCACAAACCCACUUUUACGAGCAGAUAAAGUGUCCGACGGAGCCGACGAGAUGAUUUUGGCGGCGUACUUGUUUUUCUCGGUGUUUUUGUCGGCCGGAGCAGCUAAGACUGGAGGGGAUGACGACUGGGUUCAUCUUGCUAACAAAUGUGAAGUCUGUAAGUUUGUCAGCAUCGAGAUGAAGUCGGCGUUCGAUGAGACGGGGAAGACCAAGGAAGUCAUCGACACGAACUACCGCUUCAUAGACGGCAAGGGGGCGCCGCCAGUCAAAUAUGUCAAGUCAGACCUCAGAUUCAUCGAGGUUGUAGAAAAUGUGUGUCAGAGGCUGUUAGAGUACAAUCUACACAAGGAGAGAAGUGGAAGUAACCGCUUUGCCAAGGGCAUGUCCGAGACCUUUUCCACGCUUCAUGGUUUGGUGAAUAAAGGUGUGAACGUGGUGAUGGAUAUUCCCUUCGAGCUGUGGAACGAGACUUCGGCGGAAGUGGCCGACCUUAAAAAACAGUGCGACGUGAUGAUAGAGGAGUAUGAGGACGUGAUUGAGGACUGGUACAGAGGAAGCCAGGAGGAAGACCUGACCAAGCAUUUGUGUGAGAAACACGUUCUGAAAGGACAAGACGCAGCCUGUCUGAACGAGGACUGGACCCCAAAGAAGAAGGGAGACCAGGCAGCCAUUGCGGAGGAUAAGAAGAAGAAGAAAAAGAAGAAGGGAGGGAAGAAGGGAGAGGGCGGAGACGGCGGCUCGGAGGGAGAGAAGGCGACCAAGAAGAAGAAGGAGAAGAAGGUGAAGAAGAAGAAAAAGAGCAAAGCUCCAGUGGAGAAGACGGACGGAGGGGUGUCGUCGGACGAGGAGAUCCAGCCACAGAUGCCUCUGUCUGGGCAGAAGACGGAGCUGUGAGCCCUGGGUCCUGUCUGGAUCUGGAUCAGCUCUCCUAUUCAAAACUAAACGCUUGGGGGGGAAAGCAGUCUGCAACUUCUCGAAACGUCUUUGUCGAACUGAGGUUCAAGUCGCUGAUUUUGCUAAACGAGAUCUUGUACUGUUACGCGGUUUUAAAAGUUUUUAUUUCAGUUUCUGACAGAAACAUGUUGCCGUUUCUUGGUGUGUUAGAAGUCAGCCAUAUCGUCAAAAUCUAUAAUCAAUUAUCCAAGCUAUAGAGCUUUUAAGGUUUACUUUUGUGAAUAUUGGGCAUGGGUGUUUUGAAAUUUCAUGUCAAUGGUACUUGCGGGCACCCCUUUUAGCAAUCGUUUCUAUCAUUUAUGAUGACAUCACACUCUCCAAAUGAACUGCUGAGAUCUGGGAGGGUGUUGCCAUCACUACGAUAAAGUCCACAGGACACAAAACGAGCAGUCACACCAUCAGAUCGUAAACGGCAAUCUUAUACGCAAUCGGGACGUCACUCUGUGCGAUUACACAACUGCAAAAAUUGUGCAAUUUAAGUAAAUAAAAAGGUGUGCUGUGUGCGUGACACUCUGUGUGCACUGCAGUUUCCACGUUGCAACAGCCUUCACUUUACCGACAGUAUUUCCGAUAGAUGAAGCCACCGUGUCUUUAGAAGCUUGGUUUUUACUGUUAACUCACUUAACAUUGUCUUUGCGGUCUCUUUUUCCUCUCGCGUUUCAAAAUUUGAGUAGUUUAUUUUCUGCAUUUUCCUUGAUAAUCAAGUAAACUCAUCCUACAUCUGUGUUUCUCUAGUUUCUAUGGUUAGAAAUGGGAUAUCUUUCUUUUUUUUUUUUUUACAGCUGUGAUCAGGCCCAAAAAUAUCCGUGACCCUACAUGAACCCCUGCAUAGAUCUGUCCAAGCCCUUACCCGUUUUCCGAGCCACAGCAGCAGUUUUUGGCCCGAGCCUGCUUAAAAACCUAAAUAUACACUGCUUUUUUAUCUAUUUGUGUAAGUUCAGUAGAUAUCCAGAAGAUGGCAGUCACAUACAGUGGUACACACACACCAUACAUUUUCCAUGACCUUACACAGACUAUAACUAAAAGAAAAAGGGAAAAAAAAAAGAAAGAAAUUGACAUUUGUGCAAACCAGACCAAGCCUGGGGGAAUUUUGCUUGUG